GGCUUCCACCUGGGUUCUUGUGCACUGUAAUGUGAGCACUUAACCAAGUGCACCACUGCCUGGCCCUCUCAUUUACUGUUUCUUAACAGUGGUUACCCCAUUUUAUUAAUGAUGUGGUCUCUCCAUCUCUGAAUUAAAAAAAAAAAAAAGCUCUAGCCUCCCUACCAACGUGUAACUUUCAGAUGCCUUAUUUUAACUAAUGCAUUUAUUUUGGAUAGAGACAGAAACCGAGAGGGUGGGGCAGAUAGGAAGUUUCCCCUCCAGGUAGUCUUGCCCAUGAGAGGGUGUGCGCUCACCUUGAUGCACCACCACCUGGCCUGGAUGCCUUGUUCUAAAGAAGGGAGCAGCAUGUCCUCUAGAACACAAGCAAGAGACUAGAGUGGAAUAACUAACUCUGUCUUCAAACGUGAAAGAUGUGUACAUCUGAAGAUGAUGAGAGUUGUUUUAUGAGACUUGUUAGGUCAAGUUCACACUAUCGCUGGAAGCCACGGGAAGACAGAAACCUAGUGCAAGGAUCUGGCUGUCUAGACUGUCCCAGGAGCCUGUAAGUCCCUGGGACACAGAUGUGCAGGGAUAACCACAACAAAUACUUAGAAGAUACUUUUGGGGGUGGCUGGGCGGUAGCGCAGCAGGUUAAUUAAGCACAUGUGGCACAAAGCACAAGGACCAGCGUAAGGACAAAAACCACAACAAGGGCAACAAAAUGGGAAAAAUAGCCUCCAGGAGUAGUGGGUUUGUAGUGCUGGCACUGAGCCCCAGUGACAACCCUGGAGGCAAAAAAAAAGAUACUAUUUUUCUCCUUUCUUUUUUCAGAGAGAGAGUAAAAGAGACCGCAGCACCAGAGCUCAGUGGUGACGGCUCAAACUCAGAUCUGCACAUGGCAAAGCAGUGCAUUAUCCAUGUGAGCUAUUUCACCAGCCCAAAGACACUUGCAUAUCAAACAGAAUCUGCUGAGCGGGUUGCAAGUAGCUCAGACAAUGCUUAGCCCAGAAAAUAGUUUCUUUUUGUAAAGAAACCAGGCUUAGAGAAAUCAACAGCUUGCCAGUGGCUGGUUCCCAAGCCCUUUAUGCCACGGCCCCUCUCCAGUAAAGGCCGAAGCCCCACACUAGUGAGAAUACUGAGGAGAAGGUUCUGGAAUGAGAAGGCAACUGCACCAGCAGCCUUUAGAAGACUGCCUGAGAGAUAGUGGGCUGGUUCUAAGGCAGCAUUCUAGACGUCUACCCCAGUGAGCCACGGCCAGGCCCAGACUGGGAAGACGAGGGAGAAGGACAAAAGCAAAGUGCAUCCCCAGUAUCCUGCCCUGCCUUUCUGAAACCCCUUGGAGUCAGGGCCUCAGGACCUCCACUGACCCCACUUCAGAGUUAGGUUCCAGUAAACAAAUGCCCAGGCCUGACAGUGAGGUGUUCUGGCCACAGGGUGGCAGCAGUGCUUCACUGCGGAGACACUUCUAGGCGGCGAGGCUGCUGUAGUGAAGACGUCUGUCUACAGAUUCCAUGGAGCCCCGCGCAGAAUCCUGCACAUGGAUGGGAUGGGUUGCCCUGACAGAAAUCCUGACUGACCUUGACAUUUUCCUCCCUUCUGCUCCAGAAUAUAGUGCUUCACUCUUCCUGACAGGACUUGGUGCUUUUAUUAUAUAAGUUAACACAGCGCGGCCAGGGAAGUGGCUCAGUGAGUAGGGCAGAGGAUUUGCAUGUGCGAAGCCCCAGGGUUCAAUCCUGGCACCUCAUAUGCCAGAGUAGGGCACUACUUUGAUCUCUUCUUCACAUAAGAUAAAUUAAUAAAUCCCCAGGUUCAAGCCCCUGGCUUCCACCUGCAGGGGGAAAGCUUUUCAAGAUGUGAAGCAGUGCUGGAGGCAGGUAUCUCUCUCUACCUCUCCUUUUCACUGAACUUCUGUCUAUCCAAUAAACUAAAAAAGUUUAAAGAUAAAUUAAUCUUAAAAUACUGAUUUAAGAGAGAUGAUCAAUUGGAGCUCUCCAACCUGUUGAGGGAUUGGGGGUUCUUGAGGGGCCCCCAGGGCAUGGCUCUGACAAAGCAUUAAUGAUGUUUCUUGAGCUCUGGAGACAGGAUUUAUGCAUCUAAUAAAGUCUGUAACUCCCGGGCUUAGGGGGUGGGGGCUGGAGGCUGAGAGCAGGAAACCCCAGGGGUGACUCAGGAGGGAUCCCAGGUGGCUCUUAAUGGAGCAGUGUAUUUCCAUCACCUAUGCUAGAUUCCCCCUCAGGCCACUGUGUGGGGUGGGGGGCUUCGGGCCACAGGUAUAAGAGGUGGUGUGACUGUAGGAAGGCAGAUGGCAGCAUGGAUGCUAGGCGGGCAGGCGUACUGCUGCUGGUGCUGCUGUUCGUGACCGGCUGGGGCCAGACUGACGGAGCUGAAGGUCCAGAGGACCAGGAUGAAGACCAGAUCAUCUCGGAGGAAGAUGGUGGACCCUUCCCACUACAGAAUGCCCAGACCCCAGGAUCUCUCUUGCGCUUCCUGCUCCAGGCCAUGCAGAGACCCAGCCGGAGCCCAGCCUUCCUGUUUCAGCCCCAGAGGUUUGGCAGGAACAGCCACGGUUCCUGGAACAACCAACGGCUGAAUCCCCUAGCUGGGGAGGGGCUCAGGACCCAGUUCUGGAACCUGGCUGCCCCUCAACGCUUUGGGAAAAAGUGACGUGUCACCCCUUGACAUGCAUGCAAGGACAGCAUUCCCCAGUGUCAUGUGCCUCCCUGUCCCCCGCCUCUCCCCAAUAAAGAUGUCUGGCUUCUGA